GCCCAGCGGUGCAGCCUGUUCAGAUCCCUUUGAAGAGCCUCUCUACCCUCCAGCAGAUCGACACUUCCUCCCAGCUUAGUGUCAUAUUCAAACUUGCCAAGGGCAGGUCAUUGAUAAAGAUAUUGAACAGGACUGGACGCAGCACUGAAGCUGGGGGGAAGCAUAGGAUGCAUGGGAAUGUUCUUGGGAGAGUGCAGUAGUGGGGUUUGUGAGGAAAAGGGGCGCUGCAGCAGGAGCUCAAGGCCAGAGUGGUGGCUGCAAUAUGGUGCCACGAGUUGGGGUGGGGUUUGCUGGCUGUGGGGUGUGGAUGUGGUCACCUGAGCAGCAGGACUGCUCAGGCUCUGUGUUCUGAAGCUCAGGCGAUAGCAGUAUUUGGGGCCAUCGCCUGGUCUGUCAUGUUCGGUGUCCUUUCCUUGUGGUGUAGGGAACGCAGGAUCCAGAGAGAUACAGUGACCCGUGUCUGUCUGUGUUUCAACUGGAUUUUAAUCCCUUCUUAUUUAAGAUCGUAAGGGAGGGAGCAGUAAUUGUGUAGGAGUAAUCUUAAAGAAACUGAAAAAAAACCAAAAAUCCCUACUAGGCUCCACACUAUAAAAAGGAUAUAAAGGACAUAAAGUUGAUGAAGGGUUUAAGAGGGAAAGCUGUACGAGAAGUGGCUGAAACCACUUGGUCUGUUCAGCCUGGAGAAAAGGAGACUGAUGGGACACCUCAUCACAAGGGAGGCAGGAGGAGCUGAUCUCUUCUCUCUGGUGACAAAUGAUAGGACCCAAGGAAAUGGCAGGAAGAUGUGCCAAGGAGGUUUAGGUUGGAUAUUAGGAAAAGGUUCCUCAUUCAGGGUGGUGGAGCACUGGAACAGGCUCCCCAGGGAAGCAGUCACAGCAUUAAGCCUGACAAUAUUCCAGAAGCAUCUGGACAAUGACACGUGGUGUCAGUUUUGGGAUUGUCCUAUGCAGGGACAAGAGUUGGACUCAAUGAUCCUUGUGAGUCCCUUCCAACUCAGGACAUUGUGAUUCUAUGAAAUUCUCUUUCAACUUGUUCUUAAAAUGUGAUACUUCAGGCCCCUAAGCACUGCUCCCAGACCACAGUUCUCUGAUGAGAGGUUUCACACUGCUGCCACACGAGUGUUGCACUGGAAUCCAGUUACUCCUGCCUCAAAUGUCAAUCUAUUUGUCCUCAUGAAACUAGUUCUGUGAACUCCUACAGGAGAUCUUUCAUAUGCUGUGAGCUUUGCUUGCUCAUCAAACCAAUAAUCCUGUGUCUUGUCCUUUACCAGGUAGCUAAAUCUGUUUUUGAAGAUUUAAGUGGAGUUUUGUAUUGGCCAUCUACAGAGAGGACAAAGGAUGCUUUGUAGGAGAAAAUCUGUAAGACAAUAAAAUAGAUAUGUCUAGACAGAAUACCAUAGUUCAGCCUUAAUAAUUCUCUGUCUAAAUUCAGUGUAGUGGUGCUUCAUGGUUUGAGAUUUUACUUAAAAAAAUAAAAAUAAAUGCAGGGAUGUGGAUACCACACAAAAACAGCAUUGAGGAGCAUGGUCAGCCUCCAAACCAAAACUGUAGUUUUGACAGCUCUGCCUAUGGGAAUUGGAAUCGAUCGUCUCUGUUCACAGAUGGAAAUAAGUGUUUGCUAGAUCAACAGCUUAAGUAGGUGUGACAGGAGGUAACAGGGAAAUAGAAAAGUCAGAUUUAAUUAAAAGGGAAAAAUGUUUUCCAGUUUCCGACUUUUAAGAGUUAUGACAAACCUUUCAGAUAAGGGAGAUAUUUGUUUUACUUCUGAUAGACUGAUUAUACCUUUAAAAUAUAUAGGGGAGAUUAAAUUAACCACAAGCUUUAAUUUCAUGGGGGCACUGCAACAGUUCACUGAGAAAACACUAGAACAUUCUUCAGGAAUUUACUUUGGGAAUGUAGUAUGCUUCAGCCAUUGGAAAUAACUUCCUAUAGAACAGUAGUGUUUUUAAAAUCCUUUAAGAAUUGCAUUGUUUGAAAAAGAGAAGAUUUUAAUUUCGUAUGGCUUUGUUAACACAUACCUUUAUUAUCAUAGCAUGGCUGGUUCUAACAUGAUUACUUCACAGUUUACUUGAACAUUUUGAUAAAAAGGACAAAGAUCUUUCUUGGAAGAUGCAUCGUGGAAUACAGAAGAUGAGGGAAAUUGCUCUUGUUUACCUGGACAGAAGUGGUGGCCUUCAGAAAUUUGUGCACGAUUGCAAAAAAUAUAACGACUCAAAACAAAGUUAUGCUGUUUAUCGUUUCAUUAUUUCAAUAAAUCCUUCUGAUAUUACUGAAUUAGAUGCAACUCUUGGAAACUACAUUCUUCAUAAACCCAUACAAGCUGCAGAGAUUUUUCAGUCAGUAUGUUUCAUAGCUAUUAAAACAUUAUCGUUAAUUGAACAGUUGCAGACAGAGGCCCAGAUUAGCGUUCUGCUGAAACCAACACAUUUGCCACCUUUACCAAGUUAUGUUCUCAGCCUUUCUGCAUUUCCCUUUAAUUACACAUCUCAAAGAUUUUACAUGUCUGAAGGAAUAGCGAUUGCAAUGGGAACAGUAACAAAAUACACACAAGGAGCAAGAUUUCUUUGUACUGAGGAAACCUGUCCCUUUUCUGAAGGGUUUAACUACAUAAGAGUGCAUCUGCCUGGAGCUACCGAAUCUGCCACAGUGAGGAAUGAUUUUGUAUGUAGUUUGUGCUCUUCACCACUGCAGGAAGACAUGAAAUUUAGAGUACUUGGUGAUAAACAAAUAGUUGAAAUGAUUGAUGCAAAAGUUCUUCAUGCUUUGAAAGGAUAUUCCAAUGAUAAAUCCCAUUUUAGGAUUCAGACGUUUACAGUUUUCCUGAGAGAUGAACUGGCCAAUAAAAUGAAUAUAGGAAACCACUACCAGAUUAUAGGAAUUCCAGCCUGUGUGCAGAAUGGCUUACAAGCUACACUAUGUAUAGAAGCCAAUAGUGUACAGCUCUGUAACCCAGAUGGUCCUCCUUUUGUUGGUUACAAUUUUAAGUAUCUGCUAUCACUGACUUCAAGUUCAUGCUGGAGGUUUACUGCUGUCCUUGCCAAUAUCUUUGCUUCCGAAAUUGUCCCACCAGGCACUUACACCACUCUUAAGCUCGCAAUAUUGCUGAGUCUAGUACAGACAUGUGACAAAGAAAAUGCAGAUUAUCUGGAUCUGUUGAUUGUGACAAGCGACACGCUAGUAAUUGAUAGGCUUCUGAACUACAGCAUUUGCCUUCUGCCUCGUGGCAUACGACACCCACCUUCUAGUGAAAUUUUUCCUUCUGUGUCCAAAGAUAAACACAGAACUGGAAGUGCUAGUAUCCAGGCUUGCAGUGCUGUGCUGGCGAAGGGUGGUGUCUGUUACAUAGGAGACUUAUCUUCAUAUAAAAAGGAUAAACUCGAACUUCUGCAGUCUGUUCUAGAGAGCAGAACAACAACAGUAUUUAUUCCUGGGAAGAAGUAUGGAGAAGAGGCUGACCAACAAGUUACUAUUCCAAUUCAGACCAAUUUUUGGUCUUUUGCAGACGUGGAUUCUUCCUCUAAGAAACACAUGCAAAAGGAGAACUUUUUAAUUGGACAGAUGGACCUGGGUUUGAUUCCACCUAACCUUCUAGAUGUUUUUGGGCUUUUGAUAUACAAUGAGUUUCCUUCGUGCCAGCUAUCUUCUCCUCUCGUUCAUCAUAUCUUGAAAAAAGCCAUUACUCCUGAAUCCACGCUGUACAAAGUCUCACAGCAGUUCAGAACGCAGGAUUAUGAGGAGUUUAUUUUGUUUGCUAAGAAUCUUCACGUUGAGCUGAGUUCAGAAGCAGAAAACCUCAUUCAGGGUUACUAUAUUGCAAGUCGCAGAGUGAGAAGAGAUUCUAUUCAUGGAUCAACACUAUCAGCAUCUGCGCUAAAAAUUCUGAUUUCACUGUCUAAGGCUCAUACUAAACUAAGUUUAAGAAAGAAAGUGCUUGAGGAAGAUGCAUUGAUUGCCAUCUUGUUACUUGAAGCAUCUCUUACCUUAAAACACGGCAAGUCUGCACUAUGUGUAGCACCAAAUCCUGUAUUUCCAUUUGACCUCGUCGAUGAUAACUCCCUGCAACAGAGAGACAUUUACUUAAUGCAGUGUCAUCACCAACUACUGAAGUUUAUUGGUGCAUAUGGCCCAGGAAUUCACAUUAACGAAGAGUGAGAGGUGCGCUGUGUAAGUAAAGCUUGACGCUCCUACUUUAGGUUCUUUUGAGACUGCAGUUAGAAAUAUACAACUAAAGGUUUUUAAUGUUUUUGUAAGAUAGUUCAGUGCUGUUUUGCUAAGGAAUGAAGCAUAACUGACAAAAUUGAAUUAGAGGUUUUGUGACAGUGCUGUUGGAAGGCAGGUGUGAUAUCUUCAUCCUGGGAGGCCACAGCUUCAGCUAACAAUCACAACCUGAACUUCUUUUCCUGGCUACCACUGUUCAUCCACAGUUAAAUGACAGGAGCAAAGCAAGGGUUUUAAUAAGACUGCAACUCUCAAUUAAACCAGUUUAGAAUCUAAUGUUUCAUAUAACUACAUGAACAACUACAGUGUUUCUGGUUGCUUCUUCUCAAAUGUAUCCUCCGAUGAAGAUUAAAUAUUUAAAUACAUUAAAACUUCCUACUUUAAGCCAGCUCUCUCAAAUCAUUACUAGCUAUAAAAGGUUUAAAAGUUAUCACCAUGCUGCCUGAUAUUCUAUGUCUUAGUUUUAUAUUGCAACAACAUAAAUUAGAGCAGGAUGCCAGUCUGCUCCUGUAAUCUGAAAAACCACCCCAGUGUUUCCACAUUAAUUUAGAAAGACUGCAGGAGAUAGCAGAACCCCACAGAAAGGUGAAAAAAAAAUCAUAAGGCGACUUGGUAGUUAGGCAGCUCAGUGAGUUCAACUGUACCUCACUGCAAAAACAAGCGUAAGGAACAUUAUGGUAGGACAUGAGGUGUCUCAGCUACAGCAUGUUGCUCCAACUGUGGGCUUCCAUGUAUUUUAUAUCCUUAGUAAGGAUAUGGCAGUAGACUUAUCACUGAGCAAGUUUUACAUCCAAGAAGUCCAUGUUAAAAACACAGAAAAAAAAUUGUACAGACUUCCUAGCAAAUCUGGACAAGCUGAAUACCAAAGACUUGGUGUGAC